CAUGCACAUCGGCGCCACCCGUCAGAACGCGCGUUCCUGCUCAAGGAGUCUUUUUCGACGCAAUUUUCGUGGUCUCAAGUCUCAGCUCAAUUGAGCAGUAUCGUUCGCGACUCGUCUUUGACAGCAAGAUCAUCCUGUUCGCGCGAGAAAAGUGCGAUCUACAAAAUUGUGCACAACCGUAACAACAAGCACGGUAACGAUGCAGGGUCUAGCACCGAAGACCAUCAAGUACUUGAUGUUCGCUUUCAACUUACUCUUCGUAAUUACAGGAAUAGUGCUGUUAUCAAUUGGCAUAGUCAUCCAUGCAGUGUAUCAUGAAUAUCAACAUUUCCUUGACAAUAGUUUCUUCUCCGUACCUUCUCUUCUCAUAGCCAUAGGAUCUGUUAUUUUUUUCAUCGCCUUCUUCGGAUGUUGCGGAGCCAUUCGCGAGAGCCAUUGCAUGAUCAUAACGUUCUGCACGCUUCUAGUCGCGAUCUUUAUCCUGGAAAUCAUAGGCGGUACAAUGGGAUAUGUGAUGAGAUCGCAGGUCGCGACAGUCACCAAAAACAAGAUGAUGGACACGAUGUCCAAAUACAAUAACAGCAAGGAGAUUCAAGUUGUUUGGGACAAUUUACAACGAGACUUUAACUGCUGCGGAACGAACAACGCCACCGACUGGACGAACCUGAAUAAAUCCUUGCCGGGUAUUCCGAUGUCAUGCUGCACUGAAGUAGUAGGAGCUAUCGGCAGCACGAAUUGCACUCUGGAAUCACCGAAAUUGCAUAAAAAAGGAUGCAUAGAUGCAUUUAUGUAUUUUGCGGACGAACACGCAGCCAAAAUAGCGGGUGUCGGAUUGAGUCUUGGUGCAAUUCAGCUGAUAGGAAUCUUCUUGUCAUCCUAUCUAGCCAAGUCAAUAAGGAAUUCUUACCAGACUAUGUAGAGUGCCAUGCAAAUGCCAAGCGCGCCAAACUUAGUGUGUUAUUUUUGUGUAAUAUUUUUAGAUUAGAAUUAAAUAAGAGCCAAUCUUUCCAGCCAGGAUUUGCAUUAAGAUAUAGAAUAUAAUAUGCCUAAUGAAAUUAUCGAUCUGAUGUGACAUGAAUAUAUUGUUUAUAUUGUGCAAAGGUGAUAAAAACUAUUUUUGCUACGCAUUAUGUACAUGAUAUUUCACAUCGCGCAUAUUUUUAAUAAAAUAUUUUAUUUCGUCAAA